AGUUAUUUUGGAGAGAAAAGUUGAGUUGCGGGACGCCAUGUUGAAGGGGGAGAAAUCUAAUUCGGUGAUUAGCUCAUUCUUGGAAUCUAAAUUGGAGGGCAAUGAAUCUAAUGAUCGAAAACUUGACAACUACUUCUCUGACGAUUGUGUGAUGUUUAGAGUCCCCAAAAUUCUCCGUCAAGUAGAUGAAGAAGCUUACACUCCUCGCAUGGUUUCCAUAGGCCCUUUUCAUUAUGGCGACCCAAGCUUUAAAGAAAUGCAAUCUCACAAGGAGAAUUAUUAUUUCCAAAAAUUUCUUGCACGUACUGCUAACGACAAGAAGAGAAAUGAGAAACUGUCUGAAUAUGAGGGUGCGAUAAAGGGUGUGAUACUUUCUAAAUAUGAGGGUGCCAUAACGAGUGAUCUCAAUCAUGAUAAGUUCACAGAAGUUAUUCUCAUAGAUUCUUGCUUCAUAAUUGAGCUCCUCGCCUUAUUGUGGGAAAACAUUGGAACAAGAAAAAAAGAUUCCAUAUUGAAAACUCCAUUACUUUUUAAUACCAUAAAGUUGGACUUGCUAAUGCUUGAGAAUCAAAUUCCAUUCUCUUUUCUUAAGGACCUAUAUGAUAAGUUUUGGAAGCCUGCUAACGGACCGACGUUUCUGGAGCUUGCCAAGAAUUUCUUUGGUAUUUCUUCAAAUUCCCUUCGUGAAAAUGACAUAAAACACUUCACUGACUUGUACAGAAUGUCAUUUCUCCCUAGGGAUUGGGUUACACGUGCUCGGAUCGACAUUGAACAAUAUGAUGUUGGCAGGGUACAGCAUGUUUGCUCUGCAACGAAGCUAGACAAAGCCGGCGUUGAUUUUUGUCAAGCACCAGAAGAAGAUACACUACUGAUGAUUACUGUUCCGAAGCAGGAAUGGUGGCGAAAAGGCAUACCAUGUCUUAGUUCCCUUAAACUUCAAGUUCCUCAGUUCACCAUAGGGGAUGGCACAGAAUAUAUUAUGCGAAACGUAAUGGCAUUGGAGCAAUGUAAGCCUGAUCCGGAUUACAAAUUUCCCAUAUGCGACUACAUUUAUCUGAUGAAUGAUCUCAUAGACUCCGAGAAGGACGUUGAUCUUUUGGUUGAGAAGAAGGUCAUUAAACACUUUCUUGGAAGUAACAAGGAGGUGGCGGACAUCAUCAACAAACUUGGCAAGAAUAUAUCCCUAGCGAAUAAUAAAAGGUUCAUCUACAAUUCACAAUGCAAUAAACUUAACCAAUUCAAUGAAUAUUGGCUCAACCGUUCUAAAGCAACUUUCAAAAGGAUUUACUUUAAGGAUGUUUGGACGGGUAGCUCCACUGUUGUUGGUGUUUUCGUACUUAUAUUCACAAUAGUUUCGUCCUUUUGUUCAAUCUGGUCGUUUGUGAAAGAUAACUUUGGUUCAGCCAAUCAAAGCAUCCUAUCCUUUUCUUAUUAGUUACUACUAAAUUAGCUCCUUUGCUUUGUAUUAAACAAGCUAUCUGUCGCUUUUUUUUUUUUUUCUAAGUUAAUGUGUAUUGUAUGCCAUAAUUAAAUAAAAUUGAAAUUUUCG